GCAGUUUAUAGCCAGCCUGGGUUCUCGAUCUCUAAACAUCUUCAAAUCCUAUCGUUCGCGGGCACUACCGGUAACAUGCCACUCCUUCGUUCGUCCUUCAAAAAGCGUUGGUCGCAGAAUGUCAUCCUCGCCAAGGGUGACUCACGACAAGCUUAGCUUCUUCGAGCCUCCACCUUUUGAAUAUGUCCCCAUUGAGGGUGUCGAACGACUCGAGGGAUAUCAACCCGGUGGGUACCAUCCCAUCGAAAUCGGAGAUGUCCUUCAAACGCGAUAUCGAGUCGUUCACAAACUGGGCUUCGGGACCUACUCUACAACGUGGCUCUGCCGAGAUGACCAGCACGAGAAAUACGUCGCGGUCAAAGUUGGAACGGGGGAUUCGAGCUCUCGAGAAGCUGAUAUUCUCCACGCACUGACGAGUAGCACCGGCGUCUCUCAUCCCAACCAUCAGGGAAGGGACAUGAUCCUUCCAGUCCGAGAUCGUUUUGUCCUUGAAGGUCCCAAUGGCGUUCAUCCCUGCUACGUUACAGCUCCAGCAAGUUGCAGUGUCUCGGGUGCAAAGAACGGGUCAUACCAACGCCUUUUUCAAGCCAGGUCAGCCCGCUCACUUAUCGCUCAGCUGGUCAUGGCUGUGGAGUAUAUUCACUCCCGGGGAAUCGUGCACGGAGACCUUCAUCUUGGAAAUAUUCUCCUGCGUCUUCCCACUGAUUUCGACACCCUCUCGGUCGAAGAGCUAUACGCUAAAUACGGCCCACCUACUUCAGAGCCCAUCGUUCGUCACGACAAUCAACCAUUAGCGCCUAACGUCCCCAAAAAGGCCGUUCUCCCAGUAUGGCUUGGGAAGCUUUGCGAGAAGUUCACCUCCCCCGAAGUCAGUAUUCUACUCUCAGAUUUUGGUGAGGCAUUUAUGCCCUCCAUGGAGGAUCGAUGUCAGUCCCACGUGCCGAUUGCAUUUGCACCGCCUGAAUCUGUGUUCGAACCAAGAACACCUCUUUCCUAUGCAUCGGAUAUUUGGACUCUCGCCUGCCCCAUAUGGUCGAUCCUCGGACAGCGGCCAUUGUUCGAAGGCAUUCUUGCCACUCAGGAUGACAUCACGGCCGAACAGGUCGAUGUCCUUGGGAAGCUGCCUGCAGAGUGGUGGCAUGAGUGGCCGGCGCGACAGGAGUGCUUUACCGACGACGGUGAAGCUCGCUCUGAUCGACACGCUCGGUCUUGGGAGGACCGGUUCAUAUCCCAUAUUCAACGACCGCGAUCGGAAGCCGGAAUCUCAGGUAUUUGCGUUGAGGAGAAAGCUGCUGUUUUGGAUAUGUUGCGAUCAAUGCUGGCUUUCAGGCCGGAGAUGCGAGCCACGGCGAGGGACGUGUUGAAGUGUGAUUGGAUGACUAAAUGGGCUUUGCCGGAGCUUGAGGAGGCAAAAAUGAAAGGAUCUGAUUGAAGCAGAUGGGCCGAGUUUGUAUACUUAGUAACUAGUUCUCAGAAUGAAG